CUGCUGGAAGACAAGCAGAGGAAAUUCCACCCAGGCUUGGCCCUAGAUGAUCACGCGCCCCCUCUCCGUCUUGUGUUUCUUGUUGCAGCAGGAAGGAAGGCGCAACCUCAGCAUCGCUCGAGAGAAUCUGUGGCUGCCGGCGCUGGGGCAAACAGUACGAGAAAACAGUGAUGACGUGCUGGACCUGGCUGCGUACACAAAGAAUCGGUCGUGGUGGCGCAAGCUAUUUGGGCCCAGGUCAGGAUCCAGUACAGAGAAGUACAGUGUAGCAACUCAGCUGGCAAUCGGAGGCGUCACUGGAUGGUGCACCGGCUUCAUCUUCCAGAAGGUUGGGAAACUGGCAGCGACGGCAGUGGGCGGGGGCUUCUUCCUGCUUCAGAUUGCCAAUCACACAGGAUACAUCAAAAUCGACUGGCAGAUGGUCGAGCGGGAUGUGAGCAAAGCCAAGGAGCAGCUGAAGUUCCGCAGUAGCCCCUCCAGUCAGCUGGCACCAGAGGUGAAAAACAAAGUGGAUGAGGCCAUCUCCUUCCUGAAGAAGAAUGUUCUCCUGACCGGAGGUUUCGUUGGAGGCUUCCUCCUCGGCAUGGCCUCUUAGGAACCACCACGAUCCGGGUGCUCUGCCCCCUUCCCCGUGUCGCUGCCGUCUUCUGCUCCGUUGUCGUUGGUUUCCUACAUCAGCUGAUGUGCCUGCAGGAAUGUUCUCUCUCCCAACUUGUCUUCCUCUUUGUACAUCAUCAUGGCUUCCAGAAACACUGCCGCUAGUUCCUUCUGCUCUUCCCUUUUUCAUUGGAUGGGACGCCACGGGGUAGGAUGCGUCUGAAAUCCGGUUGCUGCCAGGCCGUGCUCUAUCCCUGCCUGAGCUGUAGGGUUUUGUAAAAUCCCCCCCCGCUCACUUCUUUUUUAAUGCGAUGCCCUUCUCAGAACACUACAGUAUUACCUCUAGCGCCCUCCUCUCUCCUCGUAUGGGCCUUCUCAUUGUGUUUGUAUUCCGCCUUGGGUAGCAGGAGAACGGCCCGUGUUUCCAACCGAGCAGAGCACAGAAGCUCCACAGGGUAGGGCGUGAGUGUGCCAGGGCACGUCCCGAAAUAACCGGUGUCUAGAAUUGGCUUGUUCUUCCUCGAGCAGGCCCCGUGUACUGCUUCCUAGCAAAGCUAGGGCUAGAGAAAAAAACCCCAGAUCCUCUUGGCGUUGCCUGAGCUGUUAUUUAUACCUCUUGCUGGAACCACCUACUGGAAUGAGUUGUGGAAACUCUGACUGCCGCAUGGGAUUCUCUGCUGUCGUCUCCUGUUGAAGCAGGCUUAGAAAUCUUGAAAAUCCCACCUCUCCCAAGGAUACGUAUUUCUAACACUCCAGCCCCGGGCCUACACCAGGGACGGGUUCGAGCCAAACUUUGCUUUUGGUGGAGGACUUGCUACGAAGAGACUGGCUGGAGUUUGCAAGCUGUUUAGAUGAAUCCUGGUCUUGCUCACUACUGCUGUUGAAUAAUGGGGAUGGAAGUUGUGUGUUCUGCUCCCGGAGCGUCCUUCUCGGUCUUGUAUGGGACUCUGGCUCUCUGGAGCACGUGGAAAGGGAGCUGGGUGGGGUCUGUCGCUCUACGCUACAAGCUCUGCGUGGGCUUCUCUCUGCAAGGAUUGCAUGUUGGGCCAAAGGCUGCAUUCUACACCCUGCCCCAGCACUUGCAGAAGUCUGAUGUUUUGCGUGUUCUUUGUUUUCUCUUGCAGUCCCUGCUUUCUCAUCCGAGGAGAAGCUAUGCUAAUCAGUUGUGGCGCGCAUUUUUAAAACGAACUUCUUGUAGCACCUUAUAAACGAAUCUAGUAUGUUGUGGCACAAGGUCUCACGGACCAGAGCCCACGAAAGCUUAGGCCACAAUAAAUCUGUUCAUUUAUAAACGCCUUUCCCCCAACCUGGCGCCUUCCAGAUCUGCUGGGCUGCAACUCCCAUCAUCCCCAGCCAGCCUGGCUAUUGCCCUGCCUGACUGGGGGUGAUGGGAGUUGCAAUCCAUCCCCUCUGGACGGCACCAGGUUGGGGAAUGGUGAUGUGGGCAUGUAAUGCAACAGUGCUGAAGCGAAUACAUGGACAAUACAUGGAUGGAAGAUUACCCAGGAAUGCUUUGUAUGCUGUGUGAGUUCCAUGAUGAAAGAAAAGCAUUGUACACAUGAUCAGUUUACCCAUCCCUUACUAAAGGUGGGGGUGGGGGUCUUCUACUUUAGUGGGUUGGCUAAAAAGUCAGCACAGUCUACCUGCUCGAUAUUGACUGGCUAGCAUUCUUUCCAGUCGUCACGCAAAGAAGACGUCGUGUGCGGCAAAGCAUCAAGAGUUCUGGAAUUCUGGCCCACCUUGCUCAUUGCUUCUGCUGAGGGCAAAGAGUUAGGUAACUUGGGUUGGGUGUCACCCUAGCUGAAGUUAAAGAUGGUGGCUGCCUUUAGCCCCCUCCUUAGGGUUUAGUAUCUGCUCUGAAAGAACCCGCUGUAUAGUAUUUAGCUCCUGAUCAUGCUGUACUCCCAAGACAACAGAAAACUGUUCGAGUCUGUAUGCUGGAUCAUUCCUGUGCUGCCUGUCCUGCGAUUUGUCGGUCUACAAUUGUACUGACCCUCCUCACUGACUACCAUCAGGAUCUGGGAGAUGACACGUGACACCUCCGUAGCAAGUCGGGUUCCUGGUCCAUCUCCAUCUCUUGAGUGGCAGUGACUUCCCAGGGUCUUGGAUAGAGACUUUUGCCAGCUGUUCUGCCGGAGAGCCUUUUGGGCGGAAAUGCCAGGGCCUGAAUGUGGGACCUUCUGUGCGCCAUCACAUGCACUUCGCCACUGAGCUGCGGCCCUCUUCCCCAAAUGUUUUAAGCAGGGAAUUUUAAUCCUUGGGGGAAAAUGGGAUUCCUGACCCCUUGCAGCGGUGUCUUUGCAACCAGACGGGCCUUUCCUUCCUGCAGACUCAGAUGUGGAAGGAGCCACGUUUGAAGCGUCUGCCCAAUCAGGUCGUGCGCUCAGUCAUUUGAGGUGGGGAAAACUUUGGAGUUACUAAAAUGUCUCUUGGGGAGGAAUUCCUGUACCCCCAGAAAUACGUCUCAGAAGCUAACAGGUCCUGUUGCAGAAGCUCCCCUCUGCUAAAUUCCCCUCCAAGGAAAAUGCCCCAUUCCCUUUCCUCUGACAGCACAUAAACUGAUAACCCUGUGUGUGAGCACAUAUGUGAACAAAGGUAGAUGGUUCUCAUUCUUCUCUCCUCCAAUGCUUGGAGUAACUGCUUUAAACUAAGGCACAAUUCCCAUCACCUCCCCAGCCAUCAAGGCCAAUGGCUAGGCCUAGUGCGAGUUCCACAUUCAGCACAUCAGGUUGGAGAAAGCUGAUCUAAGGAACAAGCAAGCUGCUACCAGGGGCUUUGUGCUGCCAUUAGCCAGCUCUGGCUAAUCUCUUAUCCAAAGGACUGUAGCAGGAUCUGAUAGUAUUAAGGGCAGGUGCUUAAAAAUAGCCACUGUGUUAAGUAGCCACCACCAGAGGGAGCUGGAAUAUAAGUAGGUUUGGGAACCAGAAAAGCGUGGGUGUGAUUCUUUUUGGCAAAAAGAAAAGAAAUGCUUCAGUAUGAGACUUCUUAAAGCACUUUCGGGGAAGGUGUUGAAGUGACAAUCGUACAUGACUGAGAAAUUAAGGCCAAUUUUAAUGGCGGGGUGGGGUGGGGUGGGAAUUGGAAUGAUGAAUUCAAACCCCAGCAGCCCAACCGCACCUCUGCUUAGAGAGAAAGUACGGUUUUACAGUGUGUGUUUUUAUAUUGUAUUUAAACGUUUGUGUGAAGUGCGAAUUUAAAAUAAACAUUUUUUGCUCAGUU